UUAGACUUUUAUUUUAAAGUAUACAGAUCCCGGUCACUACCUGGUUUAUCAUAUGACAGCUUGGGAACACAUGAUUUUUCAGAGACGUCAAUAGAUGGACUUUACACAGUAAUAUUUGCUUUAUUUAUGUUUUUAAAGUGUGAUCUGAUAGUUUUUCUCCAGAAUGACUAUUGCGGAUCUGUGGGAUCAGAGAAUAUCGGCCUUUCUACUGAGUCCAUCUCAGUUUUUGGCCACCACCACCUCUGAGAGUUUCUUGGCGGAACUCCUACACGAACUGCGGAAUGAUAAGGCCAAUGAUCAGCUCAAGAUACUCCUUGUGUCUGUGCUACUGGAUCAUCCAACCAUUCUCUGCCCUUCUACGUCCGUGGGAGAAGAAACGGCCCUUGAACUGCUGUCAGUCUUCUCUCACACGCCACAGAAAUCCAUCAGCCUCAAGUGCAAUGUCAUGCUGGCCAUCACCAACGUGAUAAUAUGCACAUCCUGCUUGGCCACCCACACAAAGAUGGCUGAAGACUGGCUGGACCUUCUAUUUCAGACAAUUCAGGACACCAAUGACUACAGAUGCGGGCUUUCUCAGCAGCCUGUAAGGGCCACCGCCUGUGACUGCCUUCGAGAAAUGGAAACCUGUUGCCCGGGUCUUCUUUCUCAAAAGUUAGAGGCCCUGUAUCUUCUGAAGCAGCAAGAAACUACAGUUCUGCAUCAGUCCUACUGUAUGCUUUAUACACUAGGGCUGAAGAAUGCCAUACGGAUCUUGACAAAGCAAAAAGAUGUUACUGAUUUAGAGUUUAAGAGCAUUUUAGGAGGAAAUGAAGGGUUUGCGUGGAAAAGUAAUCAGUUAGGAUCGACCUUGUUGCCAAUAAACAUGAUGGUGCAAGUCCCACGUUUGCCACCAGGACUGGAUUGUAAAGAACUCAAAUCUAUAAUGGCUUCACUCUUGGAGGAGUCUUACCUGCUAACGCCCAUUUCCCAAUCUGCCCUGCUCAGGGAGCUUGUAGAAGUUGUCGCAAUGGUGCCGGGACUUUCUCCAACGUUAUUCAAAUCGCAGCUUCUGCGACUUUUCGGAACCGCGGAAGUUGAGCUCAUGCAUGCCACACUCUUCAUGAAAGACACGUUUACAGACAGCCUUUUCACCGCCGAGGAUGAGAACUUCCUGCUCAAGCGUCUUGUGAGCACGGCCCAGCAUCCGCUCCUAGGAACUCCUGAAAAGCUCUUCUACAUGGACUGCAUUCUGCACUUCCCUGAAAACCGGCCCAUAUCCAGCAGCGGUGAAGAGAGUUUACCCGUGCUGGUUACGCCACGUUUGGCAGCAUCUCUUCUUCCAACGGUUUUUAACGAUAGUGCUACUAUGCUCUGCAGACUGAACCUUCUUUGUCUGGUGCAUCUAGAAGCAGAUGAGGGCGAAGCGGACAAAGGAAUCGACUACCUGUUUGAUCACAUAAUGGCCCUUUUGAAAAUCGUAGACAGCGAUAGUAGCAGAGAAGUGGUUGUGACCUCUUUCAGGGCGGUGUUUAUUUUUCUCACGCACUUCAGCGGCAUGGAAGAACUCUCUGAGAAGCUGAUCGAUAAAUUAUGCGACAUGUAUUCCCGACAUUCCCGACUAGCUUCAAAUUUGAUUGGCCUCGCGGAUCGCAUCCAGGAGUGUCUGGGUGACCACGUCUGGUCUGUUAAGUUGUUGAGAGGGCUUCAGAAAUGCAUUAUGGAAAUGCCUCCAUUGCAGUUGACGAUUCAUAAUUUGAGCUGGCACUUGAAAGUCUUGAAAAGAGUGGCUAAAGAGGGUCAGAUUACCCAGAGGAACACCAUUUACCUUCUUCUCAAUGUUCUCAUCAACUCCAACUUGUGUGAAAGAGGCAACUGGCAGGUCGGAAAUGCAGUUCUUGCUGUUUGUCGCAAUCUUUUGGAGCAUCCUUCCAUCGAUCAGGUGUUUAUCGAGUUGGCUGAUCUUUUGCAAUACAUAUCUGUUCAUUAUGACGACACAGAUAUUAAGGAUCACGCUCGGUUCUACUACACAUUGCUAACCAACCUUUCAUGGGAAAAGCUGACAGGGGGUUCUCGCCAAAGGCCCUGAUGGAGGACGUGCCAAAGAGCGGUCGCAUUCUGCCAUUAUGGCUGAGGGCGAGGGGAUCGCCAGUAACCUGACUGUACGCAAAACUGAGCGGAAUGUUUUACGACUCGUCAAGGUGCAAGAAAAACCCUCGCAAAGCUCUUCAGAAGGUUCGGAGUCAUUGGAGGCAACAGGAGAGACUAAGAAAUGGUUGGAGGUUUAUCAAGAACAGUUCCAGAUGCCAGGCUUUGGGUCGGA